GAAUACCCAUUACCAGUGCAUCAUAUUUUGCCACCAUGACGCUUGACCAAGUUAGGCAUGUAUUUCGCUCUGACACGGAAGUGCCCAUACCUUUGAUCGAAGAAAGACAUCGGGUGUUGAAUGAAAGUGGAACGGUUCUGUUAGAGAAGUUUGGAGGCUCUUUCCUCACCUGUGUUAAAAUGAGUGGGAAAAGUGCUCAGAAACUACUACGUCUAGUCCUGGAAAAUUUUCCUUCUUACAGAGAUGAAGCUGUAUUUGAGAGGAAAAAGGUGUCUUUCUACAAACGGGCACAAAUACUUGUGGCAGAUACAUGGAGUGUAUUAGAUGGCAAAGGAGAUGGCUUUUUUGAUGACAUUUCUAGUCUGACCAUAUUUGCUGACUACAGAAUUCCUCAAGUUCUUGUUCACUUAAAAGCAAUGAAAUAUUCUGAAGAACUAAUGAAGAAACUGCGUGAAGGAAUGAUGUUCCAGUCUGGAGAUAGAGAGGAGGUGGAGAUCCGCGGCUGUACUAUUUGGUGCUGCGCCUUGAUUUGUAAGCACCUGCUGGAGCUGUAUGAGAAGAAGGGCCAGGACAUGUGUGAGAAGAUCAAUGCGGUUUUACUUGAUUAUCACCUGUGGGACUAUGCCCAGAGCCAUAGGGAAGAGAUGAAAGAUACUCCGUUUCACCGAGUGCGGUGUAUAUAUUACUGA